AUGGUUGCCGGAAGGAAUGAUGAAGCUAUCGCUGAGGCAUUGGCACUGUUGGCUGGCGCCAUUGGGCAAGGUCAGCAAGCGAACCUUGGGAACCAUAAUCAGGAUGAAUUCCGUGCUUUGGGAAAGUUUCAGAGGAACAAUCCGCCAACCUUUGAAGGAGCAUACGACCCUGACAAAGCACAGGCAUGGCUGAAAGCAAUUGAGAAGAUCUUUCGAGUCAUGAAUUGUACUGACGCGCAGAAGGUGCAGUUUGGCACCCAUAUGCUUGAGAAAGAAGCUGAAGAUUGGUGGGACAACACUGUUCAGAGGUUUGAAGGUGAUGGGAUGGAGAUUACUUGGGAUCUUUUCAAGGGUGCAUUUCUGGAGAAGUACUAUCCAGAAGAUGGUAAUGGAACCGUGGCGGAGUAUGCUACAAAGUUUGAGAAAUUGAUUAAGUUUUGUCCCCACUACAAUACUGCCGAAGCUGAGAGAUCUAAGUGUAACAAGUUUGUGAAUGGUUUGAGACCUGAGAUCAAGAAGGCUGUGGGAUAUCAACAGAUUAUCCGAUUUUCUGACCUGGUUAAUAGGAGUAGGAUAUAUGAUGAGGAUAGCAGGGAAAGUGCUGCUCACUACAAGUCUUUGAAAGAGAAGAAAGAAAAGGGGCAAUUCAGAGGGAAACCGUAUGGGAAUCCUACUGAUAAGGGUAAACAAGAAGCUGGUCAUGACAAGAAGCCGAGUGGGGGAGGAGCUCCUAAUCCGGUUAGGUGCUACAAGUGUGGUGUUGAAGGACAUCGUUCUCCUGAAUGUCCCAAUUCAGAAGCAACAUGA